AGACUGCGCGCACUUUACAUGAACGCUUGUUGGACGGUCGGCGGAGUAUUUUGUGGUCCCAUUUGGCAUUUUGUGUGUCGUCGUUCGCCUUGCGAUUGUAUUAACAAAAGAGUUUACUUACAAAUAGUGAGUUGGUUAUCAAUUCGUGCAAAUCAGCAACGCUUUGAUUUUGGCCAGUAGGUGCAACCGUUGAAAGCUACGUGUGCAUGUAUAUGUGUAGGUGUGAGAUGGCGAAAAUCAAUAACAAAGCAAAGUAAAUAAAACGCAGGCGAAAAGUGCAUACGAAAGUGCUAAGAAGAAGAAGAACAGCGGUUUUUUAGUGUUGAGUGAGAAAGCAAGCAGCUUCAAGCCAGGCUCAGAGGUGCAACAACAACAAAUAUACAUAUACACAAACACAAAUACAAAGUGGACGUGACGUGAAUUUUGUUAAGUGCGCCGUUAUUGUUGUUGUUCUUUUUGCUGCGUCUGCCUUUGCAUUUCGCUCGGACUCUUGAAAAAAAACUGUGCUCGCUUUUGUUAUACAUUAUGUGAUGUAGAUAUUUUAAUUAAUUCCAAUUCUGGUUCUUUAGCUGCGAAUAAGGUCAAAAUAAAACACGCAAAAGCGGCUCAAUUCUGGGUAUUAUUCUCUUUAAAACAAUUUAUAAGCGGUGUCUGUGUUUGUGUCGGUGUGCAUGUGUGUGUGUGUAAACAGAACAAACGCGCGUGAUUCAUACCUUUAUAGUGUUGGCCAGAAAGAGUCGAGAGUCGUCCAUUGAACUGCCGCCGCCGCCGACGACGACUGCGACUGCGACGCUGCAGCGACGCAAUUGCUUCCUGGCAAAACGGCAACAGCAACAACGACAGCCACAACGACAGCAACAUGGACAAAACAAUCUGUGCAAUAGUGGAAUACGAAUAUGCGGCUAAGGAACCAGAUGAGCUGGAUCUACAAAAGGGUGCCAUCAUACAUCGCAUCAAACAGAUGCCCGGCGGUUGGUGGCAAGGCACAUUGAAGACCAGCGGCAUAACGGGCAUGUUUCCAGACAAUUUUGUUCGCAUAUUGGAGCCGAGCAGCAAUGGCAACCACAGCGAUGACAGUGCGGUGGUGCAGCUCAGGGAGAAAUCAGCGACAUCAAAUCGCCGCUGUAAAGUCAUCUACAGUUACACACAAGUCAACGACGACGAACUGACGCUGGCCGUGGGUGAUGUCAUUGAAUUCCUAGGGGAGGUCGAGGAAGGCUGGUGGCGCGGACGUUUGCGCAGCAAAGUCGGCGUGUUUCCCUCUAACUUUGUGCAACAUAUCGAACCGUCACCGAUUUUGGCCUCUAAGCGGCCGCCAACGAUUGGUGCUACGGUCACGACAUCUUCGCUAACGGCAAAAGCGGCUAACAUUGCGCCAGCAACAACAACAACAACACCAGCGGCGGCAGCAGCAGCAGCAGCAACAACAGCGACAGCUGCUCCUACCACAGCAGCAACAACUACAACGAAGCAGCAAACUAAAAGCAGAGCCACGGCGUCCACAGUGGAUGCAACAACAGCAGCGUCAGCCGCGGCGGCAGCUGCAGCUGCUGCUGCUGUUGCUGCAGUGCCAACGUUACCACCGAAGCCACAACGUGACUUUUGCCGUGUCGAGUUUCCCUAUGCACCGCAGAAUGAUGAUGAGCUGGAGCUUAGAGUGGACGACAUCAUCAGUGUCAUCAGCAUGGAGCUGCCGGACAAGGGCUGGUGGAAGGGUGAAGUGCGUGGCAAAGUGGGCGUCUUUCCCGAUAACUUUGUCAAGCUUUUGGCGCCCUCCGAUGUCGCGCCCAUUAACGAGCCAACAACAACCACAACGGGAACAGCAACAACGCAGCAGUUACAGCGCAAGAUCAGCAACACGAGCCACAUGACCACAACGAAUGCCAACAACAGCAGCGGCAGCGGCAGCACCACAACGGUGACGCAGCAGCAGCAACAACAACAACAACAGCAGCAACAACAGAGCGGCGCUUCAACCACAGUAAAGGUUUACAUCAAGAAGACGGGCAGCAGCAGCAACUCGUCGACAACGGGACGCAAGGAGAGUUUCGGAUCUCGUGAUUCUCUCAAUGAUAUACUCAGCGAAACGGGCUUGCCCAUCGGCACUGUGGCCGCCCAGCGCAAAUCGUUGGAGAACAAGAACCUCGAUCUGAGCAAACUGCCCGGCAAAACAACCACAAGCAACAACAGCAGCAGCAACAAUAUCAACAGCAACAGCAACAACAGCAGCAGCAACACAAACGUGCCCACAUCCGCGUAUGCUGAUCUGCGCAAGAGUCUGGACAAUAUGGACGAGAAGAUCAAGUCACCGCCGCCGCCGGUGCUAAGCAAAAAGCCCAGUGUGCCGCUCAAGAAAACGCCCACGGGAAGUGUCCCAGGCAACAUUUUGGGCGGCGGUGGUGGCAUGAAGAAGAAGAGCUCAGACAGCAAACUAACGAGCGCCGUGUCCCACGAUGUCUCCGAUGGCCUGACUGGCAGUAAAUUAUCAGGUGGACAGCUGCCGGAGUCGGGCAUGGCAGGCAAUGUGGUAAUGCGGCGUGCAGCAACUAUUGCUGUGGAGGAUACGGACUUUGAUCGUGUGGAGCGUGGAUCUAUACUACCGGAUAUGCGUGCUGGGCGCGUUAAGGCUCCAAAGCGACGUCCGCCAUCGGCGGCUAUAAAUGUGCUAGGCGAGAGCAACAACAAUUCGGUGUAUGUCAAUGGCAGCGGUAUGGCGAGCAGUGCCAGCGAACUGAGCGAAGAUGGUGGAACUGGUGGCAAGCAGGCGACAGCCUCAUCGGAUGACAAUUCGACGGGCGAGGAGGCGCAGCUGGUGAAGCCCAAGCCGCGUGAUUGGGAGAAGAAGAAAGCACCGUGGAUGGAGGAGCUGAAGGCAUCCCAGGUUACCCGAAAGAAGACCUCACCCAGCGUUGAACCACGUGGUGUUGCGAUCUCUGUAGCCGAGCGCACCUCAAAGUUGUUCGCCGCCGAGCAGACGACAGCCACAUCCAGUGUGCUGACCACCAGCGCCACUAGCAGCACCAGCACCACCAGCAGCAACAGCAGCAGCAACACCACAGCGACUAGAGUGCAAUCGAGUGCGGUGACUUCGUCCAGCAUUAUGCAACAGUCCAUGAUUGUGGAGAGCAGUAGCAGCAGCAGCCAAAGGAAAGAGUCCAGCAGCAGUAGCAGCAUCAGCACAAGCAAUGUGACCAGCAACAACAACCACAACGAUGCCAUCAUGUCGAGGAGUAUGUCCGCAGCAAAGGUAGCUCCAACAUCCACAGCAAUGGCGACAGCUACUGCCAGCAGCGAUGAGGAGUCACGUGUGACACGCCCCAAUAGUCUCUCGAUACGUAAUCGCAGCGUCUCGCCGCUGGUGAAAACCAGCAGUGUCAAUAGCACGGCGCCGCAGGAGAAGAUCAACAAUAUAAGUGCCCAUGAUGGCACUGUCAACAAUCAUCAAUCAGCGGCAGGAGCGACAACUGCAGAGUCUACGCCAAGGGUGCAACAGCUGGAGAAUCGAGUGGAUAAACUGGAGGCAAUGGUGCUAUCUCAACAGCGAACAAUUGAGGAGCUAAUACGGACACUGCGUGAGGAGACGGAGCGUGUGAAGGUGCUGCGAGGCGAACUGGAUAAAUAUGCGCAACAGCAAACACGUCGCGGGAAAUUUGAUAAUUGGAUGUUCUGAAGCAACAGCAUUACAAUCUAUUGUACAGCAAUUCCUUUUAAUUUUGUGAUAAACCAUUCGAUUACAUAAAUAUUGUGCAUUUUGGAACGUUAAGUCAUAUAAAACUAAACAUAAUAUGCCUAUAGCUAGGCAAUAAGAGUAAACAUAAAUCCCUCAGCCCAAUUAUUAGCGAAAUAUUGCAAUUGAAUUUGAUAUCGCAUUUAAUAUUGCUUGUAAAUACUGUAAAUCCAUAUGGCUUGAUAAUAAAUACAAAUGAUUGACUUAAUCACAUAUUAA